AUGGCCUUGGACCUUACAUUGCCAACUAUGAAGAACAAGUUCUGCUGGCGUGUAUUGUGCAAUGCUGGUGUCCAUGCACCAAAUCAUGAUCUUGAUGCAGCCGGCGCACUUCCUCGAUGUCGAGAGUAUACAGAAGAACUCGUUGACAUGGGGACAUAUUUGGAACUGUGGGAUGAGUUUGGAGUUGUAGCAGAUCUUAUCCCGUUCACUAAUGAUUUUCCUUGUGCUGAUAUUUGCCAGCUGAUCACACCCAACAUCCUACAUCAGCUCAUUAAAGGCACGUUCAAGGACCAUCUUGUGGACUGGGUCCAUAAGUAUCUCAUACAAAUGCAUGGAGCACGUGAUGUGCGACGCAUCUUGGAUGACAUUGAUCAUAGAAUUGCUAUUGUUGCCCCUUUUGCAGGCCUGAGAUGUUUCCCACAAGGGCGUGGCUUCAAGCAAUGGACCAGAGAUGAUUCAAAAGUGCUUAUGAAGGUUUAUAUUGCAGCCAUUGAGGGACACAUCCCAGUGGAAAUUAAGAAUUCUAUGACCAAGCACAUGCUGGAGAAACUGCAAGAUGCUGUAUCCCGUUUCCAUCAUUAUUGCAAGAUUUUCCUGGAAAGUGAUACUAUAUCUACAUUCUCUCUACCGUGA